CCCUGAGUUGCGCGUGCGCGGGAGCCGCCCAGGCGGGUGUGAGGCGGCGCGCGGCACGGGUAUCGCGAUAGUCGCGCGGCCCGGACGCUCCGCUGCCGUGGGCGCUGCGCAGGUGCGGGCCCGGCGGACGGCUCGGCUGUGAGCGAGGAGGCGCGUCCUGCCGGCGCGAGCGGCUGCCGGGGCACGGCCAGGGGUGCGCGAGAGGCUCGCGGAUUUAAGUUAAAUAAAAGAUGGACUGGACUGGAAAACACAAUGGGCCCAAUGAUACAACCAAUGACGGAACAGUGGUACGACUCCGAGGCCUGCCAUUUGGUUGCAGCAAAGAAGAGAUUGUUCAGUUUUUCCAAGGGUUGGAAAUCGUGCCAAAUGGGAUAACAUUGACGCUGGACUACCAGGGGAGAAGCACAGGGGAGGCCUUCGUGCAGUUUGCUUCAAAGGAGAUAGCAGAAAAUGCUCUGGGGAAACACAAGGAAAGAAUAGGGCACAGAUACAUUGAAAUCUUCAAAAGUAGUAAGAGCGAAAUCAGAGGAUUCUCUGACAUGCCAAGAAGAAUGAUGGGACAACAGCGACCUGGACCAUAUGAUAGACCAUUAGGAGGAAGAGGGGGUUAUUAUGGAGCUGGGCGUGGAAGUAUGUAUGACAGAAUGCGUCGAGGAGGUGGUGGAUAUGACGGUGGAUAUGGUGGCUUUGAUGAUUAUGGUGGCUAUAAUAACUAUGGCUACGGAAACGACGCCUAUGACGACAGAAUGAGGGAUGGGAGAGGUUUUCUACUAGGCAUGGGAGGCCAUGGCUAUGGAGCUGGAGAUGCAGGGUCGGGGUUCCAUGGUGGCGGUCAUUUUGUUCACAUGAGAGGGCUGCCUUUCCGAGCCACGGAAAACGAUAUUGCUAACUUUUUCUCGCCACUGAACCCUAUAAGAGUUCACAUUGAUAUUGGAGCAGAUGGGAGAGCUACAGGAGAGGCAGAUGUGGAGUUUGUCACACACGAGGACGCAGUAGCUGCCAUGUCCAAGGAUAAGAAUCACAUGCAGCAUCGAUACAUCGAACUGUUCCUGAAUUCCACUGCUGGAGGUGGCUCUGGAAUGGGAGGCUACGGCAGAGAUGGGAUGGAUCAAGGCUACGGCUCGGUUGGUAGAAUGGGAAUGGGUAGCAAUUACAGCGGCGGGUACGGAACUCCUGACGGCUUGGGCGGAUAUAGUAUGUAUGCGUGACCUUGUGUCAAUUGUUUGCAGGUCGUGGCAGUGGAAAUAGUGGAGGAUACUAUGGGCAAGGCAGUAUGGGUGGAGGAGGAUGGCGUGGGAUGUAUUGAAGGAUAGCCUUGCUUCUGCAAAACAUCUUGGAAGAAACAGUCUCUGGUCUACUAGACUUUCUUACAAAAUUUAAUUUCUUUUGUAUUUUAAGAACUUUAUAAUGACUGAAGGAAUGUGUUUUCACAAUAUUAUUUGGUAAGCAACAGAUUGUGAUGGGAAAAUCUGUUUUCUGUAGGUUUUAUUUGUUGCAUACUCUGACUUUAAAUAAAUUUUUAUAUUCAAACCA